GUAACCCCGACGGGCUGCGCGCGCUGCAUGCUGGGAGGAUCCGGCCGGAAGGACCAUAGAGUAGUUCCGGUGGAGGGCGGAAGAGGCCGCUCUUUGUGGCUGCUGGAGCAGGACGCGGCCGGAGAGCGGGACUUUGAUCUCAAAUCAAGUCAGCUCCUCUAGCUGUGAUCCGGCCUGGGGUGACUUUGAAGAUUUUGGAUCUUACAGUUGCCUGAGCUCGCGCCACCAGGAGGGGAGGGCGUAGGUGGGAAAAUGCCCGACCGUGACAACUACAACAAUGGCAGUAGCGGCGACGAGGCGGGCGCCAACUCCGACGACAUCUGCCGCGACUUCCUGCGCAACGUCUGUAAGCGAGGCAAGCGCUGCCGCUUCCGGCACCCCGACAUCAGCGAGGUCACCAACCUGGGUGUGCGCAAGAACGAAUUCAUCUUCUGCCACGACUUCCAGAACAAGGAGUGCGUGCGCCUCAACUGCCGCUUCAUCCACGGCACCAAGGAGGACGAGGACUAUUACAAGAAGACGGGGGAGCUGCCCCUGCGCCUGCGCCAGAAGGUGGCGGCUGGACUCGGCCUCUCCCCGGCGGACCUGCCGAACAGCAAGGAGGAGGUGCCGAUAUGCAGGGACUUCCUGAAGGGCGACUGCCAGCGGGGAGCCAAGUGCAAGUUCCAGCACUUGCAGCGGGAGUACGAGUACGACGCCCGGGUCAUUGCGGCCCGGGACCCCAGCAUUGCCACCACCGUGCGCCGCUACGACCCCUACGACGUCAUGUAUGACCCCGACCGCUACGACGACCACGACCCGGUGCUGAAGCGGAGGCGGGUGGACGGGCUGCACUUCGAAACCUACGAGUACAGCUUCACCAACCCGCGCACGGUGGAGUACCGGCUCCUGGAGGAGGAGAACAUCAUGCUGCGCAAGCGCGUGGAGGACCUCAAGAAGCAGGUCAACAACCUGCUGGCGACCAACGAGGUGCUGCUGGAGCAGAACGCCCAGUUCCGAAACCAGGCCAAAGUCAUGACUCUCAGCUCCACCGCCACGGCCACCGAGCAGACCCUGGCCCCGACCGUGGGCACUGUCACCAAUUAUAACCACAGCAUUGCCCAGACUCACACCACGCUCAGCAGCCAGGCCCUCCAGCCGCGCCCCGUCACCCAGCAGGAUUUGGUGGCUCCGGCCGGAGCGCAGGCAGCACCCCCCACCAACGCAGCGCCCCCCAUGAACCCUGAAAUCACCCCACUCUCGGCUGCUCUGGCUCAGACCAUCGCACAGGGCAUGGCUCCUCCGGUCUCCAUGGCGCCCGUGGCAGUGUCGGUGGCGCCCGUGGCAGUUUCAAUGGCACAGCCGCUGGGAGGUAUCACCAUGAGCCACGCCACCACGCCCAUGGUGACAUACCCCAUUGCGUCGCAGAGCAUGAGGAUAACAGCCAUGCCACACUAACCGCCCCCAAAGGGCCACAUGUACCGCCAUGGGUCCGUGCUGUUCGGAACCACCCCUGGCAGGUGGAAGGGCUCUGUCACUGGCAGGAGUUGCUCCUUCCUUUGGGGAGACUGGAACCGAGAAGGGAGAGAAUUGAACUGAAACCCUUGGAAACCUCUCUCCCCUUUCAGGGAUGGGCUUUCCACCCUGCAGGCGAGUGACUUGGAUUUCCCUUAACCCCUAGCAACCACACGUGGUCUUCCACAAGGCAGCAGAAUUCAGGGAUGAAGGGCUUUAAUGCCACAUGAUUCGAAGGGUACAGUAACCUCAGAGCCUUUGCCCAUCACCUGUAUCUUUGCCCGAAUACCUGCCCCUCUGUACCCACUGUGCAAGCCCCUCCAUAGCCCUGCGAGUUCAGGAACUCAGUAUAUCGCCUGGCUAUGGCAGUAUCAUUUCACUGACAGGACACACCAGAAUGGAGGCUGUAGGGAAAUCACCCCCAGGGGUGGGAGCUUGGGUCCCCUGGCUCGCUGCUCUCUAGAGAUACUCCCGGGCUUCCCUGGGCUCAGGCAGAAUCAGGGAAGUGAGCCUCCCCCAGAACUGGCAGAAAGGCUGGGUCUGUCUGGCAGCCCUCUCCUAGGGGGAAUGGCCCUGGGGCAGCUUUGCCUGGUGAUGAAAUGGUUAAAUCAAAUAGGAUUUGUAAACUGAGCCCUGGUGCUUUAAAAGGGGGCAGCAGAACCUGGACUCUAGGAAACCGUCUCUGCGGUGGCCUUGAGAGCAUCCCUGUUCCAGUCACCCUGCCAGGGAGAGGGGGGCACAUUCCUAGGCCCAUCUGGAUCCCAAGUGGGGAGGUGUCACCAGUUCCAGCAGACGUUGUUGCCGAAUUGCUCAUAAACCCCGUUGCGGGGGUGGGGCACUACUUAAACGUGAUAGCGUCUGACCCCGCUUUGCCUUGCAGCCCGCGGGGCGGGGGUUGUGUUCUGCUUGAGGUCGUGGGUUGAAAUAAACUCGUCUCUGUUGCUUUA